GGAAUAUCAACACGAGAUCAAUCACUCACUAACCAAACCACCACCUCCGAGCUCACUCCGCCGCCGUGUCCCCGCACCCCGUCCAACUUUCUCUCUUCUCCUCCUCAACUGCUUAACCCUUCACGAUAAAUACACAGCAAACCCUACCUACACCACAUAUCUCACCUCAAACAAACUCUCCCGUAAUAACGACCGAAAAUGCCACCCACAACAUCCACAUCAACAUCAACCUCCAAACCAACCCCCAUCCCUAACCCCCGCCGCCUCCUCAUCCUCACCCCAACCACACACUCCCAAUCCAUCAUCCCUCCUCUCCUACACUCCCUAACAGGCACCCCCGUCACCACUCCUCCAACAGCGCCAGCGCCAGCAUCAGCUUCACCAACACCAACACCCACCCUCUCCUCCGCCUCCACCAUCGCCGCCUCAUCCACCACCUCCCUCGCAUCCAGCACGACCAUCACCACCACCACAUUCGCCGGCUACACCACACACCCGCCCCUCCACCUCUCAAACAAGUACUACACAGCCGAUAUCCCAAUCUGGGUAGACGAGAUCCCUCUCCAGACCCCCGACGAACCAACCUCCUCAGCAUCCGGUAGUACCAUCUCCCCCGCGCAAUGGAAAACCGAAUUCUCCAGCCCCGAGGCCCAAGUCGUGCGGGACGCUAUCGGCGCCGUGAUGAUCUGUUUCCGGAACCCCGUGCAGAUGGACCCCGUACCCGGCCAGCAGGAACCACAGCAGGAAGAUGAUGUGGAAGAUAGGGCUGAUGUGCGCGGGCUGAAGGAGUUCGUGAGGGCUGUGGGGGAAGUGAGGGCGUUGAUUGAGGAGGAGAGGGGUGGGGUGGGGGAGGUGCCCGGGUUGGUUGUUUUGGUGGGGGAGAAGACGAAGACAGCAGCUUCUGGGAAGGUAGCUGGUGAGGGUGAGGAUGAGGAUGGGCUGGGGUUGGAGAUUGAUGAGGUGUUUUCGGAGGGGUGGUGGGAGGAUCAGGUUUGUGAGUUGGGGUUGAUGGGCAUGGAGGUUGUGAGGUGGGGUGGGAAGGAGGGGGAGGAUGAGGAGGUGGAGAGGAAUCGGUAUGGUGAAUUACAGGGCAUGCGCCGGAUUAAAGAGGUCUUGGAGACGCAUGAUUGGGCUGCAACGGAGGUUGCAGAGACAGGGUUACUGAAUGAUGGGAUUGAUGAUGAUCUUGAGCGCGAGCUUUUGGGCUUGGAUGAUGCAGACAAUGGGUUCGAUUUGGAGGUGGAUGAGCUGCAGCGCGAGAUGGUUGGGUUGCGGAUGGCGAUUGAGCGGGGAGGAGGGGAUGGGCUUGAUGAUGAUGACGAUGAAGGGGACGAGGAGUUGCGCGUCGAUGCGGUCGAGGCGCUGUUGCUUCGCAUGAGAGCCAUCAAGGAUAUCAGCGACGAAUUGCCCGAAGCGGAGAGGAAACGGUUUGCAGCAAAGGCCGUGCGUGAUAUCAUGAGGGAGAUGUAGUUGCCAAGUAUAUAGUGUACAUUAUAUUGUGUAUUAUCAUGCCGAGCUUAUAUCCAUCUAUACCAUAGUACCACUAUGACCAUAUCACAUAUACCCACUUCUAACCCUCCACACCUCUUAUCUCCACCCCCAAUGUAUCCAGUCAACACGCCUAUUUCUUGCUCAUCGCCUUGCGUCUCUGCUUAAUCAUAUGCGUAUACAAAAUAUACGACCCUACCCAAGUUAGCACACACACAUCCUUCACAAACCCCAAACCUCCACCCCCUCCCAAGAACAAAGGUGGAUAAAACUCACCAGGAACAUAAAUCCCCAACACAGCAAUCAAAACCCACCUAUAAAGCGGACUCACCAACUCCCCGGCAGGCCCCAACGCCUUGUACACCAUAACACACUCACUGGAGAUACCAAGAGG